AUGGAGCCACCGCGGUCUGAAAACCCUAAUCUUUUUCCGGUGGGUCAAUCCAGCACUGCCUCCGCCUCUGCGUCGGUGAAAGCUCCUGAGAAUGCUGCUCCUCCUUUUAGCUUGACAAUGCCGGUUGAGAAUUCGUCUUCUGAGUUGAAGAAGAAGAGAGGGAGACCUAGGAAGUAUAACCCUGACGGCUCUCUCGCUGUGACUCUAUCUCCGAUGCCCAUCUCCUCCUCUGUUCCGUUGGCGUCGUCGGAGUUUGGCUCUCGGAGAAGAGGUAGAGGGCGAGGGAGAGGGAGAGGAAGAGGAAGAGGAAGGGGACGAGGAAGUGUAAUUGGAAGUGGUAGUGGAGAGCCCAACAACAACAAUAACAAUUGGCACAAGGCUCCUCAGAUGUUCGAAUUCGACAACAGUCCUAGUUCUGGUGGAGGACUUGCAGAACUUGGCAGUCCAAGUUUUACCCCUCAUGUGCUUACAGUAAAUGCCGGUGAGGAUGUGACAAUGAAGAUAAUGACCUUCUCUCAACAAGGCUCUCGUGCUAUCUGUGUUCUUUCAGCUAACGGUCCUAUUUCCAAUGUUACACUUCGUCAGACUAUGACAUCUGGUGGUACUCUCACUUUUGAGGGUCAUUUUGAGAUUCUUUCUUUGACUGGUUCAUUUAUACCAAGCGAGAGUGGAGGAACCAGAAGCAGAUCCGGCGGGAUGAGUGUGUCUCUUGCUGGACCUGAUGGUCGUGUCUUUGGUGGUGGACUUGCCGGUCUCUUUAUAGCCGCUGGUCCUGUUCAGGUGAUGGUAGGGAGCUUUGUAGCGGGUCAGGAGGAAACGCAGCAGCAGCAGCAGAUAAAGAAGCAAAGAAGGGAAAGACUCGGGAUCCCGACAACAACACAAGCUUCUAACAUCUCGUUCGGUGGAUCAGCGGAAGAUCCAAAGGCUAGAUACGGGCUCAACAAGCCUGUUGUUAUUCAACCACCAACCGUGUCUGCACCACCACCUGUGUCCUUUUCGCAUGAGCCAAGUACUAACACAGCCCAUGGUUACUAUGCAAAUAACACAGCUAACCAUAUCAAGGAUCUCUUCUCUUCCCUCCCUGGAGAAUAUGAGGAAGAAGAUGAGGAGGAUUUAGACGGUGAAGAUGAUGAAGAAUUUGGAGGCCAUAGCGAAUCUGACACCGAGGUUCCAAGCUGAUGAUUUGAUGGAGUGACUCCCCUGACAUUGAUCAACCAUGAUCUUGAGUUGCUGCGGCGUUUUAUCUUUGAUGUCUUCUGAUUUGUUUAGAGUGUAAUGGUAUUUUUUUUUCUCAGAUUGUAGUUGUUUUGCGUAAACAGAGAUGUUUCAUUAAAUGG